AUGGGUUUGGGUGUUACACCUAGUAAGAAGGCUAACCCACCAAAGGAAGGGAGGAAAACCUCAACCCCUGCCAAGAAAGCUGUGAAGUUUGGACCACCUAGAAGUGCCAGCAAGGUCACUACUUCUGGCAAAGAAAAGAAAAACUUGAAAAGGAAAGAACCUGUGUCUAGUGAGUCUGAAUUUGAAGAGGAAAUUGUCAAAACCACAACUGGUGGAUCUUCAAGAAAAACUGUAAAGGGAAGAAAAGUACCAUUGAAUGUGCCCUCUGCACCUCUUGAUAAUGUUUCCUUCCACUUUGAAGAUGGUCCAACCAGGUGGAAAUUUGUGUUUAAUAGAAGACUUUCAGUAGAGAGGAAUUUGAGUAAAGACUUUCUAAAGUGCAAGGAGCUUAUGGAAUUGAUCAGUGCUGCGGGCUUGAUGAAAACAGUGAAAGCCCUUGGGGUGUGUUAUGAAAAGCUAGUCAAAGAGUUCUUAGUGAACAUAGGAGAAGACUGCAAUGAUCCCACAAGCCAUGAGUUCAGAAAAGUCUUUGUCAGAGGAAGGUGUGUAAAUUUUUCCCCAUCUGUUAUCAACCAAUACUUGGGAAGAUCAAUAGAUGAGAUUGCAGAUAUGGGAGUUAGUCAGGAUGAGGUAUGCAAGACCAUUAUAGGAAACUUUGUACAAGCAUGGCCAAAGAAGAACAAUUUGUCUGCAACAAGACUGACUGCAAAAUAUGCUUUGUUGAACAAGAUAGCUGCUGCUAACUGGGUGCCCACCACUCAUUCAAAUAGUGUGGCAACAGGUUUGGCCAGGUUCAUUUAUGCAGUAGGCACAAAAACCUCUUUUGCUUUUGGUUCUUACAUCUUUGAGCAAACAUUUAAACAUGCUAAGUCACUUGCUCAUCCAGAUAUAUGUACUCCUGCUGAUGUGCCUUGUGCUAGAGAGGCAGAUUUGUCUUUUGACUACAGGCUGUUUGAAGGGUCACAUGCUGCAGACAUUGUUGGACCAUCUAGCAAGAAAUCUGCUGACACCUCGAGCAAGAAGCAGAUGAUAGCUGAUCUAAAAGAGACCAGCAAGGCUCUGGAGGAAAGGAAGCUAUCUUUGGAUCGUGUGAUACAGGCCUUGGAGGCUGAAGUUGCUGAGGAAGGAGGAAUGCAAGGUGAUGGUGCUUCUGGUGAGCAAGUACAAGUGGAGGACUCUGAUGAAAGUACCUUUAUUUGA